GUAGUCCUCCUUCCCAGGCGGUCCUUCACGGCGUCCCCGGGGCCGACUCCCGAGCGCAGGCGGGCGGCCUGGCUGGCUGCGCGGCGCGGGCCGGCGGGAAGCUUAUUCUGGGCACGGGGCUCCAGGUCAGGCUGCUGCGCCGGGCGAAACUAGUGGUAAGCCGCUAAGGCCUCGUGCGGCGCCUCCCGUCGAGGGGCGAGCGGACGGCGGUGGACGACCGGGCCGUCGAAGGGCUCAGGAGGCGGGUGGGCCGGGCCGCGCGGCGCAGCCAUGCCUGGCUUUACGUGCUGCGUGCCGGGCUGCUACAACAACUCGCAUCGGGACAAGGCGCUGCACUUCUACACGUUUCCCAAGGACGCUGAGUUGCGGCGCCUCUGGCUGAAGAAUGUGUCUCGCGCUGGCGUCAGUGGAUGCUUCUCCACCUUCCAGCCCACCACGGGUCACCGUCUCUGCAGCGUACACUUCCAGGGCGGCCGCAAGACCUACGCGGUGCGCGUCCCUACCAUCUUUCCGCUGCGCGGCGUUAAUGAGCGUAAGGUAGCGCGCAGACCCGCUGGGGCCGCAGCCGCCCGCCGCAGGCAGCGGCAGCAGCGACAACAGCAGCAGCAACAACAGCAGCAGCCGCCGCCGCCGCCUCCGCCUCAGUCAGCCUCCACUGCCCAGACCGCCCAGCUCGCCCAGCUGCAGCCGAAUCUGGUGUCUGCGUCUGCGGCUGUGCUCCUCACGCUUCAGGCCGCUGUAGACAGCAGCCAGGCUCCUGGAUCCGUACCGCCGGCGCCUACUACUCCCACCGGAGAAGAUGUGAAGCCCAUCGAUCUGACGGUGCAAGUGGAAUUCGCGGCCGCAGAGGGUGCAGCCGCCGCAGCCGCCGCGUCGGAGCUAGAGGCUGCCACCGCAGGGCUGGAGGCCGCCGAGUGCCCUAUGGGCCCCCAGUUGGUGGUAGUCGGGGAAGAGGGCUUCCCUGAUAGUGGUUCCGACCACUCGUACUCGUUGUCGUCAGGCACCACGGAGGAGGAGCUCCUGCGCAAGCUGAACGAGCAGCGGGACAUCCUGGCACUGAUGGAGGUGAAAAUGAAGGAGAUGAAGGGCAGCAUCCGCCACCUGCGUCUCACCGAGGCCAAGCUGCGGGAAGAGCUCCGCGAGAAAGAUCGACUGCUGGCCAUGGCCGUCAUCCGUAAGAAGCACGGAAUGUGAACAGGUUCUCCUGUGGCCUGUGGGAAUCGCCGGCCCCUGCCAAUCUAGGAAGCCUGCAGGCCGCUUUUGCUAACUACCCUAUUCUCCUGGAACACUGGUUGACUGUACUGAGGCUUUAGGGCAGCUGGACUGUUGCUGGUUAUCUGGCACCCUCAUUUACUCCUGAUGUCUGGAACCUCGGACUCUGCACUGGUGACACCAGCAGUUAUGACUUUGUCUGCUCCCUCACCUCAUCCCCAGUGUAUCUUGCAGGUUCUGGUUAAGCAGAGGCUUAGGAACCGCUGAACUUGAAACUUAUCCUCCAGGGCUGCAGGUGGGAUGCCCAAGGACUGUGGGUUUGGGAAGACAACACCUUGACAUUGGCCAGCAAUCACUGUGGACAUUCUUCUGUGUGUAGUGAUAAGGGAGCCAAGUGACAUCAGUUCUCCUUUUCAUGCUUUUCUCCCCCAGGUGCAGCCUGUGAUUCUGAUGGGGACUGGCAGAUCUGUGCCUCUGCCUCCUAGGACCUCCCUCCCCAGGAGGUCACCUACAAAGGGAUUGAGGUGACAUGCUGAUGGAAAUCCAGCUUGCCAGGGACUUAGGUUUAUCUUGUUAUGUUUGCUACUGGUUACAAAUUCUAUUUUCUGUACAAUUAGUUAGACUAAAGUUUUCACUGUGUUUGUUUGGCAAAUGAAUUAAACAGAAAGUAAGGUUUUUA